AUGAAAGAAGGAGUGCACCAGCAAAUUUGGGGAAACGACAUGUCUGCGAGCGUCUUAUCCGCUUUCUACGACAUGGACAUGCUUUACAAGCAGGAUAAAAGCACGAACAUGAACGCCCUCCACAUCAACAGUAUGCUGGACAAGAAGGCGGUCGGAGCCCCGGUCACUUCCGCGGGCUCCGGUGGCCCCUUCACGCCGGGAUUUUUCCGGCGAAACUCCACCAGCAACGUGGAGGCGACAAACAACGGCAACAAGUACCCCGUGAGUUCCUGUUACAGCAGCCUGAAGGAAAACACGCCGAGCGGAACGACCACUCUUAUGAACAAGGAAAACAAGUUCCGCGACCGCGCUUACAGCGAGAGCGGAGAGCGGUCCGUGCUCCAGCAGAAGGCCGGCUCUCAGAUCAACUCUACCCGCUACAAGACCGAGCUGUGCCGGCCCUUCGAGGAGAACGGCUCGUGCAAAUACGGCGAGAAAUGCCAGUUCGCUCACGGCUACCACGAGCUGAGGAGCUUGUCCCGCCACCCUAAGUACAAAACGGAGCCGUGUCGCACGUUCCACACCAUCGGCUUCUGCCCUUACGGUCCCCGGUGUCACUUUAUCCAUAACGCCGACGAGCGCCGGCCCGCUCCGGCUUCCAACGCCAACGUGCAGGCGGGGGAGGGCCCCCGCGGCUACGGCCAAAGGGACAUCCUCCCCCCGCAGCAGCAGCUCUGCUACACCCAGAGAGACAGACCAAAGCUUCACCACAGCCUUAGCUUCUCCGGCUUCUCCAGUCACCACGGACUGGACUCCCCGUUGCUGGAAAGCCCCACGUCGCGGACCCCACCCCCGCCCGCUUCCUCGUGCAUGUCCUCCUCCAGCUUCUACGACGACGUGCUGUCGCCGAACUCCGUGUCUUGCAUCAACGGUGCCUUUAAUUUCCCCGGGCAAGAUUUAAAGACUUUACUAGCCCCGCUGGCCGUGCACACCUCCGGCGGCUACUCCAACAACCACUCAGCCGGCGGCGCCCACUACGGCGGCGUGCAGGGCGGCAUGUGCCCCCCGUCCCCGCCCACGUACAACAUGAGCCACUUGCAGGCGCUGCGCCGUCUGAGCGAGUCGCCGGUGUUCGAGCCUCCUCCCAGCCCGCCAGACUCACUCUCAGACCGGGAGAGCUACGCCAGCGGGUCCCUCAGCUCCUCCGGGAGCCUCAGUGGCUCCGAGUCCCCCAGUCUGGACGCUGGGAGACGUUUGCCAAUCUUCAGCAGGCUGUCGAUUUCAGACGACUGA